AUGACAGAUCCUAAUAAGUUUCCACAAUGGCUUAGAACUCAAAAUCUACUUACCUCUUUAACCCUCAGGAAUGUCAGUAUUUCAGACACCAUACCAGAAUGGUGUUGGAAGUCGUUCUCCAACUUGAAGUAUUUGGAUCUCUCUAAAAACAGAUUGCAUGGUAUCGUGCCAAGCGUUGUUAGACAGGAGACCAAGUGGGUGGACUUGAGCUACAAUUCCUUAGGAGGUCCUCUCCCUUCUUUAUGGUCUUCUGCUAAUUUGUCUUACCUAUCCCUUGGACACAAUUUAUUUUCAGGGCCAAUUCCUUCCAACUUUGGUGAGACAACGCCAUUGUUGUAUUAUUUAGAUCUUUCAACUAAUCAUUUAUCUGGAGAACUGUCGUCUAUUGAUUGGAAGGGUAUGCAAAGUUUGAUAAUUCUAGAUCUAUCGAACAACAACUUAUCUGGUAAAAUUCCAAGUUCGAUUGGUUUCCAUCUGCCUUCCCUUGAAAGAUUGAUAUUGAGCAACAACAGUCUUUAUGGGGAGCUUCCGUCAUCUCUGAAAUAUUGCACAUCUUUGGGUAGUCUUGACCUUGGUAAUAAUAACUUCUCCGGAAUCUUACCAACAUGGAUUGGAGAGAACCUGCUUCAUCUGGCGAUGCUAAAUCUACAAGCAAACUCAUUCACUGGAAAAAUUCCUCAACAGCUAUGUCAUCUUAAAUAUCUUGGCAUCUUGGUUCUAGCUCAAAACAAAUUUUCAGGAUUCAUUCCAACAUGUUUAGGCAAUUUGAGUGGUUUUAUUGAUGGAGAGGCAGCAAGUUCAAUGACCUAUGAAUAUGAUGAAACCAUGAGUAUUGUUGCAAAAGGAAGAGAACUUAAAUACCAUGGUGAGAUUCUUAACGAGGUAAUGACUUUGGACCUUUCAAGCAAUAACUUAUCCGGAAACAUACUAACAGGGAUAACAAUGCUUACAGGAAUGAUUCUUUUGAAUUUGUCGAUAAAUCAUCUUACAGGGAAGAUCCCAAGGAAUAUUGGGAACAUGACAUCAUUAGAAAGCCUUGAUCUCUCAAGGAACCAACUUUCUGGGGAGAUUCCACAAACCAUGUCAUCCUUAUAUUUCUUGAGUCACUUGAAUCUCUCCAAUAACAACUUGUCAGGAAGAAUACCUUCUGGGUACCAACUUCAAACGCUCAAUGAAUCAUCCAAUUACUUUGGUAACCCACAACUUUGUGGUCCACCGCUUUCAAACAAGUGCCCCGGUGAUGAUGAUGGUGAUGAAACACCCCAAAUUGUUGGGGGGGUUUCUAAUGGCAGCAACGAUGAUGAAGAAGAAGAAAAGAUAUGGUUCUACGGUAGCAUGGCAUUGGGUUUCAUAGUGGGAUUUUGGGGAGCUUGUGGUAGCUUAAUCGUCAAGAAAUCAUGGAAGCGUGCGUAUUUCUGUUUAUUGGAAAAUAUUUUGGACAGAAUAUUUGUGAUCGUUGUUGUGAAUCUUUGUCACUUCCACAACCGGUUUCAUUGA